GGUGAAUGAGCUCAUCACCCGUCACGAUGGCCGCCGCUGCUAAGAUUGCCAAGAUUGCACCAAGCGUGCCUCCGACCGUCAUCCCAGUGGAUGUGACGACCAACCUGAACGAUGACAACGGCGAUGCUGUCAUCGUGGUAGCCCCCUUCACCGGUGACGUAGAGGGCGUCCCAGCUGCUCACAUUGAUGCCAUCGCGGCCAUCGAUGCUUCUGCCAAGUCCAAGGGGGGUCUGUACCUCAACGAGGCCUACGCCGGCAACCGCCUGAUUCUGGCCCCAACGGGCCCCUUGACCUCGGAUGGUGAUGAUGUCCGCUCCUUUGCCGAUGCCGCCCAUGCUGGUGUGGUGCGCGCCAAGGCUGCUGGCGCCAAGGCCCCCAUUCUCCUCGUUGCUGGUGCCGUUCCCGCGCAGCGAGUUGCUACCUUUGCCAAGGCCGUCGAGUCUGCGCUUCUCGGCGCCCUGUCCGCCACUUAUGUGCCCGUUGAGGUGCGCGAGGACCCUCGGGCUCCGCCCUCGGCCAGUGCCACCCUUGACCGCCUCUUGAUCUGCACGGCGCGCCCAGACAUUGCUGAUGUCAUUGGCCGUGUCGUGGCCAUUGAGGCCGGCCGCGCCGUCUCACGUGACAUUUGCGGCGGUGAUCCAGAACGCAUGGCUCCACUGCGUGUGGCCGAAUACGUGGAAGAGCUCUUCAAGGGUACCAAUGUUACGGUGGCCGUGGAGAAGGGCCCCUUUACUGAAGCCUAUCCGCUCCUUGCUGCCGUGGCCCGCUGCUCCGAACAGGUGCCUCGCCACGCCCCCUGCGUUAUCAACCUUGAGUACGCUCCAGCCAACCCUGAGAAGACGCUCUUCUUCGUGGGCAAGGGCGUGACGUACGACACUGGAGGUGCUGAUGUCAAGGCCGGUGGGAUCAUGGCCGGUAUGCACCGUGACAAGGGUGGUGCCGCUGCCAUCGCUGGCUUUAUGCGCACCGUCUCCAUCCUCGCCCCAGCGAACGUGCGGGUGGUGUGCAAAAUGUCCAUGGUGCGCAACAGCAUUGGUGCCGAUGCCUACGUGGCCGAUGAAAUCAUCCACUCGCGCGCAGGUGUGCGUACGCGCGUGGGUAACACGGACGCAGAGGGCCGCAUGGCCAUGGCUGAUGUUCUUUGCAAAGCCAAGGAAGAGGCGCUGAGCGCUGUGAACCCCUUCUUGUUCACCGUGGCAACUCUGACGGGCCAUGCCGUCCGAGCGUACGGCACAGGCUACUUUGCGACCAUGGACAAUGGACCUGCGCUGGCUGCCAACGUCUCAGCGCUUGUGGCCACUGCCGGUUUGAGCAUCGGUGACCCAGCUGAGAUUAGCACGAUCCGUCGUGAGGAUUAUGCGUUCAUCCGCUCCAAAUACGUGACUGAGGACAUUGUUCAGUGCAACAACUUGCCCUCAUCGGGCACCCCACGUGGCCACCAGUUCCCCGCCGCCUUUAUGAUUGCCACCAGUGGCAUGGACAAGCAUGGCCUGUGUUCCGACAAGCCAAUUCCAUACACGCACAUGGACAUUGCUGGCGCCACGCAGAUGUGGCCGACGCCCGUGUCAGGCACACCCAUUGCGGCCCUGACAGAGACUUUCUUGUAAGCAUGCACGAGAAGAAGACAUGUUGCUUUGGCCUUUGCCUGCACACUGUGCAGACCGUCGCCGGCAGGCAAUGAUCGUGAUCCAACGCCCCGUCAAUUGAUGGUAAUCCAUGCACGGUAGCGAACCCGGGCGGUUGGAAACGCAUGCUCGAUGCU